AGUAGGGAUAUAGACUGUAAGUGUACAGGAUUUCACAAUUCACAAGAAUAAUGGCUGAACAACAAGUGGAAAAAAGCCACCCGGUCCUCUACCAGUUCAAACGACGUGAUAUCACCAGAGAAGAGACGGCCAAGUUAUACUCAACAUGGGCCAAGGAUUAUGACAAGGAUAUAGUAGACCUCAGCUAUUUUUCUCCCAGUAAUAAUGCUGCAGAGCUGGAGAAAUUACUCGGAGAGAAGAGAGAUGCCCUCAUUCUGGACGUUUGUUGCGGAACUGGAUUGGUGGGACAAGAGCUUUCAAAGCGAGGCUUCCACAAUCUGCACGGCUUGGAUGCGUCCAAGGACAUGCUUGAGCAGGCAAGACAGAAGGGCCUGUAUAAGAAACUGAUCAAUGCCACUAUUGGUACCAACCGUGUAGACAUCGCCGACGACACUUACGACGCGGUCAUUAUGUCAGGAGCUGUAGGAUGUGGUCACGUGAACGGAGGUGGAUUGGCAGAAAUGAUACGUUUUGUUAAACCUGGCGGCUACGUGGUCAUGGAAAGCAUUGACAAGUACACACAUGGAAGUGAAUACGGCGAUAAGAGCUGGGACGAAAUGAUUGACAGCCACAUCAUGGCCGGACGCUGGGUCACGGUGACCAGACGCCGGGUGGAGCUGUUGUCCAAUAGACUAAGUGGCGUACAGUAUAGCUUUCAAGUGAAGUAAAUGCAGUGGCGAAGAUAGGAUUGUGCCGCAUUUCAGUUGCUACAGUGUGACCCUAAAUACAAUCCCACCAUGGCUUUUAGAAAAAAUUAUUUAGCCAAUAAAUAUAUAACAUGGAAGUCCACUACCUGUUAAAGUGUCGUUGUAUUGAUAAAAGCAUUAAAAAGUAUAUAGUGAGAGAUGAAUAAGUUUAAGACUGUGUUAAAAGGAGAUACAUAUCAAGGAUAAAAGAUUGAUAAAAACCGACUAUUACCCUUAACAACUAUAAACCUGGAGUUGCUUGGUAAAAAAAAUCAGUGAACCGGGUGGAGCUGUUGCUCAUGACAUUUGCUACUCUCUCAAA